AUGAUUAUGUGUAAAGCCGAAUAUGCAGACAAGAUCGAUCGCGCUGUGUUUCCCGGCUUACAAGGCGGUCCCUUCCUCCAUACAAUCGCUGCCAGAGCUGUUGCAUUCAAAGAAGCAAGCGAGCCUGAUUUUAAAACAUACCAGGAACAGAUUGUUAAAAAUGCUAAGGCACUCGCUGCACGGUUAAUUGAAAACGGUUUCCGAUUGGUGAGUGGGGGUACCGACAAUCAUCUCAUGCUGAUAGACCUCACUUCCAAGUAUGAGAAACUCAGUGGACGGCAAGCCGCAGAUCAUUUAGAAGAUGCCGGAAUUAUCGUCAAUAAGAAUACGAUCCCUUUCGACAAAAGGAAACCGAGAACGACAAGCGGUCUACGCCUCGGGACGCCGAUGAUUACGACGCGCGGGCUGAAAGAGGAUGAGAUGGUUCUCGUCGCCGAUUUCAUCGCGGAAACGCUUGAAAAUAGGCAGAAAGCCUCUAUCAAACGACAAAUCCGAAGAAAAAGUCAAGAAACUCUGCGCACAGUUCCCGAUUUAUGA